AUGAGCUCUGAGCGUGAAAACAAGACAUUCCUCGCGAGGCUCUGCGAGCAGGCCGAGCGCUACGAUGAGAUGGUCACGUACAUGAAGGAAGUCGCCAACCUUGGAGGCGAGCUUACCGUCGACGAGCGUAAUCUUCUUUCCGUCGCGUACAAGAACGUUGUCGGUACCCGUCGUGCUUCCUGGAGAAUCAUCUCCUCCAUCGAGCAGAAGGAGGAAUCCAAGGGCUCUGAGGAACACGUUGCCAUCAUCCGUGACUACCGCCAGAAGAUCGAGAACGAGCUGGAGAAGGUUUGCCAGGAUGUUCUCGAGGUCCUCGAUCAGUCCCUCAUCCCAAAGGCUGAGACUGGCGAGUCCAAGGUCUUCUACUACAAGAUGAAGGGUGACUACCACCGUUACCUCGCCGAAUUCGCUUCUGGUAACAAGCGCAAGGUCGCUGCUACCGCUGCCCACGAGGCGUACAAGAACGCUACCGAUGUUGCCCAGACCGAUCUUACUCCCACUCACCCCAUCCGCCUUGGUCUCGCACUCAACUUCUCCGUUUUCUACUAUGAGAUCUUGAACUCUCCCGACCGUGCCUGCCACCUCGCCAAACAGGCUUUUGACGAUGCCAUCGCUGAGCUUGACUCUCUCUCUGAGGAGAGCUACCGUGACAGCACCCUUAUCAUGCAGCUGUUGCGUGACAAUCUCACUCUCUGGACCUCUUCCGAUGGCAACGAGCCGGAGCCGGCUGCGGCCGCCAAGGAGGACAAGCCAGAGGAAUCUGCGCCGGCGCCCGAAGAGAAGACUGAGGAGGCUGCAGCACCUGCACCCGAAUCUUAA